AUGUGGAGCCACGGCCAGCAAUUGGCGGCGGAGAGCCGGGAGACGCAAGCGACAGAGCCUCAGAAAGACCCCGUCUUGAUUGCGAUCACCGAAGAGGAGGCUCUAGAGCCCAUCAAGAUUCACAGGCGUCAGGAUGAUGGGGUUGGCGGCACUCCCAUCCCAUCAGCCAGCGAUGGCGACGUCACUGGGCCCCAGGAGCCUACUACCUCAGACGAGGUGGCAGAUCUGCCCACAACAUUGGAAGAGUCUGAGCCUCCUGCUGUCACGACGACAGCAAUCGCCACUACGACUGUCCAAGUUUCCACCGAGACGACUACAGCUGAUCCCACAACUUCAGAGGUGGUGCCAGACACUUCCACCACGGAGCUCCCUCCUCCCGACACAACAACGACCACUACGCAACCCGAAACCAUAUCGGAUACCGAGGCCACAACGGUCGAAACGAGCGACGCUCCCGAGGAAACGACGACGGAGGAGACCACGACCACCACAAUUGGUAUGUCCACCACCGAGAACGCCCCCUCCUCGACCUCUCCUAUCCUUCCUACAUCUACUGCGCCAGAGUCCACAUCCACUGCGCCAGAGUCCACAUCCACUGCGCAAGAGUCCACAUCCACUGCGCCAGAGUCCACGUCUACUGCGCCAGAGUCCACGUCUACCCCCAGUAGGUCUCCGCCGCCGGAAUCUUCCUCUGCCCCUUCCACUGCGCUUUCCUCUGCGCCUUCCUCUGCGCCUUCCUCUGCGCCUUCCUCUGCGCCUUCCUCUGCGCCUUCCUCUGCGCCUUCCUCUGCGCCCAGCACGGAUACGCCAUCUACAUCCCAGGACGCCACGUCCACUGCUCCAAGUAGGUCUCCGUCGGGACAGUCCCAUGUUCCGUCCGCGUCACCUAGCUCUGAACUGCCCACCGUGACCAACACUGCCAUUGUUUCUCUCUCCACUUCCCAAGUCCGUACCACGGACACCUCACUUGAGGCUUCACUCGAGACUUCACUUGAGACUUCACUCGAGACCUCACUCGAGACCUCACUUGAGACUUCACUUGAGACUUCACUUGAGACUUCACUUGAGCCCUCGCUUGAGCCCUCGCUUGAGCCUUCGCUUGAGCCUUCGCUUGAGCCUUCGCUUGAGCCUUCGCUUGAGCCUUCGCUUGAGACUUCACUUGAGACCUCGCUGGAGACCUCGCUGGAGACCUCGCUGGAGACAUCGCUGCAGAUCACAUCGAGAACUCUCGAGGAGACGACGACCACCACCACCACCACAGACGAGGAGGUUUCGACCACCACAGAGGCAGAGUCGAGCACAACCACCGAGGAUGACGAGGAUGACGAGGAUGAGCCAACGUCGAGUCCCGUGACGGCGACAAUCACAUCGACUAUGGAAGGUGGCAGCGUCACAACCAUCACGUCGACUUCUUGGGUGGAGGUUGAUCCCACCUCGGCGCCUGAUGACAGCGACGACGACGACGAUCCCGACCUGCAGAAUGUCGGCGUGGCCAAGAACCCGGCGCUGGCCGUGGUUAUUGGUCUCGCUGCGGCAGCCUUCCUACUUUCAUAA